UGUUAAACUCAGACACUUGCACCUCGUUCAGUUCUCAAAAGAAUUACCUAACGGAUAUCUUAAAAGAUAGGGAAAAAAUAAAGACGAUUUUUGAAACCAAAAAAGGUGCUAUUGAAAGCAAAUCAGACAAUAUAGAGCCAUUAGGGAUUUCUCGUAGACAAAGCACUGAAUGCAUGGUCAGGGUUGUACGCAGAGAUCCUAUACAAUGUCUACGAGAACUUGAAAUGGGAACAUCUUGGCUUAAUCGCCAUCAAUGGCACCUUGUUUGGUAUCGAAAAAUGUCUUAAUUUUUUCUCAAUCUUUGGAGAUAUCGGUUGCAUGGUUUCAUUUAGAAAUCCGUAAGACACAAGUCACACAAGUCGAUGAGCUUAACGUAUAAGUCUAUGGGAUGAAAUACUGUGAGGCGACCAAUUUCAUAGCAUUGCACGCUGUUUUGCCAGCCGCCCAGGGAGGCGUACACGGUUGAGGCAAUCGACUGCCUUUAAUUGUACUCGUAUGCAUUUUAAUGAUCUUGUCGAUGGAACUGAGGUGCCUUCUUUAAAAAUCUGAAACGGUGAUUCCUUGAAAACCUCUGAGCAAUGGACAACGCCAGGCUGCUAGCUCGAAAGCUGUUUAUAAAAUUCCCCAUCUUGCAAGCUCCGAUGGCUGGUGGUUCCACAUCGCCCGCUCUCGCUGCUGCCGUCUCCAAUGCCGGUGGACUAGGGUCUAUUGCUGGCGGCUACCUGUCGCCCGACAAACUGCGAGCGGAGAUCAAGGAGACACGCACCCUGACAAAGUCUUCCUUCGCGGUGAAUCUCUUCACACCGCUGAGCAAUCCCGUUCCUACAGCUAGUCAGUUCGCGCGGGCCAACGCUCUCCUCGAUCCCUACAGAAAGGAGUUGGGCCUCGGUCUGAAUCCACCCGCUCCGGAGAAGUAUUGUGAGGAUCUCACGGCACAGUUGCAAGUGGUGCUGGAGGAAAGACCCUCAGUAUUUACCUUCACCUUCGGAAUGCCUCCGGAGUCGUUUCUGCACGAGUGCAAGAACGAAAAUAUUGUCACGAUUGGCACAGCGACCCAUAUCGAGGAAGCUGUGGCGCUGGAGAAGGCUGGAGUGGAUAUGGUAUUCGCGCAGGGAUACGAAGCUGGCGGCCAUCGCGGAACUUUUAUUGGAGAUUUCCAUGAUGCGCGUAUCGGACUUACCGCACUUGUUCCGCAGUUAGUGCAAGCCGUGAAAAUUCCAGUAAUUGCCGCCGGUGGCAUAAUGCACGGCAGUCAGGUUGCCGCUGCGUUGGCCAUGGGUGCCAGCGGCGUUUCCCUCGGAACGGCGUUCCUGCUCUGCCCGGAAGCCAGCACGAAUCAGCCCUACCGUGCCACGCUAAAAAGCCCGGACGCUCGCUUCACGGAGGUGUCCCGCGUCUAUUCCGGACGGUAUGCUCGGGGAAUUCGAAAUCGUUUUAUGGUGGAGAUGGAAAAAAAUGCCGGUGACAUUCCGGAAUAUCCUAUUCAGAACGCCAUGACCCGGGAGAUCCGGACAGCCAGUGCGAAGGCCGGUAAAGCGGAUUUUCUCUCCUUGUUUGCCGGGCAGGGUGUGACACUAAUAAGGGAACUGCCAGCCAAAGAAUUAGUGGAGACACUGAUUGCUGAAACGUUUUCUGCCGUGCAGAAAGUACAGUUUGUAAUUGGAUUAUGAUUGUGUUUGUGUAAUUGGAAUUGUGAGGAAUUCUUUUCUGCAAUGAUGACAUGUGGAGCCAGAGUGUGUGAUGAAUUUGCGAUUCGGUGUGCUCUUGUACGGUAUGUGUGCAGUUGAAAUGAGUUUUAUGGAUUUGAUGGUUUUACUGGUCUUGUAAGAGGAUGGCGGUUGUGAUAAAGCGAAAUCCGAAUGAUGUAAUUUUUGGCAUACAGGAAAAGUCUGAAAUCGAGGCUG